AUGAAGACCAGUGAUUUCAUUCUCAUAUUUAUAUGCAUCCCUGCAACCCUGAGUACCAAUGGUAAGCUCCUGUUUUGUUUCUAUGUUUUGACCAAGUGUUAAAAGGGAUGGCACAUGUGGAUGAGUAUAGGUUGAGGUUGUGUAAACAUUUUUGGACAUUCAUGGACAUCAGUGAAAAGAGGUGGACCAGUUAAAUAUUAAAUCUGGAUUGGCCAACCCUGGCCAGGAGAGCUGUCAUAUUUAAAUAAGAUACCUAAUCAAGGUCUGUUAAAUAUACGUGAUUAGUUCAACCAGGUGUGUCUCAACUUGGCUGAAAAAAAGCUUGCACUCACUGCGGCUCUCGAGGACCAGGGUUUGCCACCCCAGAUUGACGUGGUCCCCACUGAGUUUUUGUCACCAACAUUGGCUUUAGUGCUAGAGUGCCUACAGUAGUUUUUGAUUUGGUUGUUUUAAUGUGAUUGUCUUGAGAUGAAGCAUUGCCAUUUUCAGAGUGAUACAUGCACUAUAAUGGCUAACCUUGUCAAUAACGUUUCCAGACAAUCUUCCAAACUGUAAAGAUGCUCUUGAAGAUUGUCUUCGCAAAGAAGUGGCAUGGACCAGGUACUCCAAUAAAAGUCUUGCACCUAUCCUUAUCCUCUAUUGUAAGGGGGUUUUAACAUGCCAUGGAUUGACAUACCUGUUAAGCCUUUUAACUACAAAGUUAAACAUUUAGCUAGUCCAUAUUGCAAUGUCCAUUAUGUUUACAUUUUAGUCACUUAGCGCUCUUAUCCAGAGCAACUUACAGUAGUGAGUGCAUACAUUUGUACAUUCAUAUACUGGACCCCUGUGGGAAAGGAACCCACAACCCUGGCGUUGCAAGAGCCAUGCUCUUACCAACUGAGGUACACAGGAUUUUAUAUCCAUUUGUAUCCAUUUAUUAGUUGAAUAUAAGAAAGGGGUUUGUGUUUUUGGUAGGUGUUAUGAGGAUAGAAUUACAAGGUGCACUGUUAAGGCCAGAAUGCCCAUCCCAAACUUCUACAGAUGGUCUGUCAACUCAUCUAACCAGGUGAGAUCAUUAAUACAUUGCUGUUGAUCUCACAACCUUCUGGUUCAGUCAUAUACAGUGGGGAGAACAAGUAUUUGAUACACUGCCGAUUUUGCAGGUUUUCCUACUUACAAAGCAUGUAGAGGUCUGUAAUUUUUAUCAUAGGUACACUUAAACUGUGAGAGACGAAAUCUAAAACAAAAAUCCAGAAGAUCACAUUGUAUGAUUUUUAAGUAAUUAAUUUGCAUUUUAUUGCAUGACAUAAGUAUUUGAUACAUCAGAAAAGCAGAACUUAAUAUUUGGUACAGAAACAUUUGUUUGCAAUUAAAGAGAUCAUACGUUUCCUGUAGGUCUUGACCAGGUUUGCACACACUGCAGCAGGGAUUUUGGCCCACUCCUCCAUACAGACCUUCUCCAGAUCCUUCAGGUUUCGGGGCUGUCGCUGGGCAAUACGGACUUUCAGCUCCCUCCAAAUAUUUUCUAUUGGGUUCAGGUCUGGAGACUGGCUAGGCCACUCCCGGACCUUGAGAUGCUUCUUACGGAGCCACUCCUUAGUUGCCCUGGCUGUGUGUUUCGGGUCGUUGUCAUGCUGGAAGACCCAGCCACGACCCAUCUUCAAUGCUCUUACUGAGGGAAGGAGGUUGUUGGCCAAGAUCUCGCGAUACAUGGCCUCAUCCAUCCUCCCCUCAAUACGGUGCAGUCGUCCUGUCCCCUUUGCAGAAAAGCAUCCCCAAAGAAUGAUGUUUCCACUUCCAUGCUUCACGGUUGGGAUGGUGUUCUUGGGGUUGUACUCAUCCUUCUUCUUCCUCCAAACACGGCGAGUGGAGUUUAGACCAAAAAGCUUUAUUUUUGUCUCAUCAGACCACAUGACCUUCUCCCAUUUCUCCUCUGGAUCAUCCGGAUGGUCAAUGGCAAACUUCAGACGGGCCUGGACAUGCGCUGGCUUGAGCAGGGGGACCUUGCGUGCGCUGCAGGAUUUUAAUCCAUGACGGCGUAGUGUGUUACUAAUGGUUUUCUUUGAGACUGUGGUCCCAGCUCUCUUCAGGUCAUUGACCAGGUCCUGCCGUGUAGUUCUGGGCUGAUCCCUCACCUUCCUCAUGAUCAUUGAUGCCCCAUGAGGUGAGAUCUUGCAUGGAGCCCCAGACCGAGGGUGAUUGACCGUCAUCUUGAACUUCUUCCAUUUUCUAAUAAUUGCGCCAACAGUUGUUGCCUUCUCACCAAGCUGCUUGCCUAUUGUCCUGUAGCCCAUCCCAGCCUUGUGCAGGUCUACAAUUUUAUCCCUGAUGUCGUUACACAGCUCUCUGGUCUUGGCCAUUGUGGAGAGGUUGGAGUCUGUUUGAUUGAGUGUGUGGACAGGUGUCUUUUAUACAGGUAACGAGUUCAAACAGGUGCAGUUAAUACAGGUAAUGAGUGGAGAACAGGGGGGCUUCUUAAAGAAAAACUAACAGGUCUGUGAGAGCCGGAAUUCUUACUGGUUGGUAGGUGAUCAAAUACUUAUGUCAUGCAAUUUUUAAUUACUUAAAAAUCAUACAAUGUGAUUUUCUGGAUUUUUGUGUUAGAUUCCGACUCUCACAGUUGAAGUGUACCUAUGAUAAAAAUUACAGACCUCUACAUGCUUUGUACGUAGGAAAACCUUCAACAUCGGCAGUGUAUCAAAUACUUGUUCUCCCCACUGUAUACCGGGGUGCAGCAACAGUGAAGACUUCCGAUACAAGCUAAUCUCAUGUUUUUUUUACUGUUGCAUAUUGCAAUUUUGGGUAUUUCCAAUGAUAUGUUGCACACAAAAUUGUAAUGUCCAUUAAUUCCACCAUAGGCAGAAGAGAGCACGGAUUCUGGACACAGAGUGCACAUCCCUGCACAUGCCCUCCAGAGAAGCAAGAGGAACGUCUCUCAUAGCACUGUGCACAUUACUAUGGCUGUACUCAACAGCUCUCUAUUCAGGGUUGGUAACUGCCUCUUAGGCUAUUCUUAGUUUUAGCUGAAACCACCAAUGGUAUUGGAUGUAAAAGUAUCACUGCUGCCAUAUCAGGUAUACAAUUUAUCACUACAGUAAAACAAUGAAUAUAUUAUUUAGUAUCAUGAAGUCAUUUAAGACAAAUGUUUCUUACAAGGCCCUUGAGGAAGGAUUUUAUGAAAGUAAAAGGCACAUAUGACCUCUCUGAAUGACAUUUGCUCCUCUUUUGCUGCAUUCUGUUGCACUUCCCUCCAAUGUUGCCAACAGCUUGGUCCAGUUCGAGGCUCUAGAUCAGGGGAGGUCCUGGGGCAGUCUGUGCUGGCUGUGAGGGUGGGGGACCACGGUGUGAGUGACCUUGACCAGCCUGUCAGAAUCGCCUUCAGAAACACAAAUGUGGUGGGUGAAUGGACAGACUGUGGAAAGGAGGCCACUUGA